AUCGAGCAGCUACAGAGCAGAGCACAAGAAUAACAGAGCAGCCACAAAACUAGACAAGCAAUAUUUGCGUGUCAGCCAUUAGAAACACAAACAAGGGAUGUGGACAUAGAAAUGGAAGAGUUUAUGAAAACAAGAAAACGGAGCCGUGAGGAUGAUAUACAUUGUGAUUCCACGCCACUGUCUAAACGUAUCAACAAUUUGCAUUUAAAUUAUGAUGAUGGGAAUAGCAGCAGCAGCAGCAGCUGCAGUAUCCCAGGGCUUAUCAAUGACAACAAUAACUAUAUACUACCUACGACACCAGCUGGCAGUAGUGGUGAUGGAUCAUCCGAUAGCACCACAUAUGAAUAUAGUCCGGAAUUGAAUGCAGAUCAAAACCCAUAUUACUAUGAGAAAAACAAAAUGUUAUACGACCUGCAUGUUGAGCGUGUAAAACGUAUCAAUCAGUAACUUCAAGUGAUAUUACGCAGUUAACUGAAGUUGAAGUAUAUACGUUACUUUAACAACAAACAUCAAAAUAACUCAUGGAUAUAUAGAUUAAAAAAAAACAGUAAUUUUAUACAAUAUUCACCAUGUUUGCCUUGUGCACUCACAAAAACGCAAUUUUCACAAAAGCAAUACGAUAGUGAUAGUGCCAAUAAUUCAAAGAAAAAUCUCAGGUGGAAUUAGUAUACCAAUCGUUAAGUUGCUCACAUUCAUUUCGAACAAUUACUCUUAGCUAGUUUAUUCAAGAAAUUGCUACUAAAUGUGAUCGAUAUAAUAUAAAAGGUUUUGUAAUUCAGCUAAUGUAAUAGAACAUUAAACUUAAAAACGCAUCAAUCCUGAGUAUAUGUAUAUAAAGUUAAGAACGCAAUAUGCAUCUGUCAUCUGUUCAUAAUCAUAUUUAUAGUGCAUGUUUGAAUUUAUUAUUACGAAAUCUUAUUUGUUUGUCAAAUUGUGGUGCAUCCGUUCAUGUAAAAUUUCUUUAACGCUAAUACAAUCAAAUAUAUAUUUUUAGGCAAUGUAGUUUUAAUAAGUCACGUGAAGUAUGAAUACUGCUAAUAAAGUAUUACAACUCAAUCAAACGAACAGCGCAAGGGUUUUCUGUUGGUUUUAAAUAUUUAUUGAAAUAAAGCAAUCGAUCGCAGCAUAUUGAA